AUGGAGGAUACAGGAAGUGGCAAGAAUGGUAAAGAUGACAUUCAAACGAAGUUAGAUAAGAAGCUAGGACCAGAAUAUAUUUCAAAGAGAGUAGGAUUUGGAUCCAGUAGAGUAGCAUAUAUCGAAGGCUGGAAAGCAAUCAAUCUAGCAAACCAGAUUUUUGGGUAUGACGGAUGGUCUACGGAGGUUAAAAAUGUCACUAUAGAUUUCCUUGACGAAAGGCAAGGUCGAUUUAGUAUUGGAUGCACCGCUAUUGUUCGUGUUUCGUUAGCCGAUGGAACGUUCAGAGAGGAUAUUGGGUAUGGAACCGUGGAAAAUGAACGGAGGAAAGCCAGCGCUUUCGAGCGUGCCAAGAAAUCUGCAGUGACAGAUGCGUUGAAAAGAUCGUUAAGAGGGUUCGGAAACGCUCUUGGGAAUUGUCUUUAUGAUAAGGAUUUCUUGGCUAAGAUUGAUAAAGUGAAGUUUGAUCCCCCAGAUUUUGACGAGGGAAACCUUUUCAGACCUGCAGAUGAAUUAAGUGAGAUGUCAAGAUCAAAUAUGGUUGGAGAUGCGCAUACUGAGGGACCUUCUUUGAAGAAAAGAAGCCUAACAAAUGAGGAUAGAAAUGCCGUACCUUCUGCACCUGCACAGCAAACGUACCGGUCAAAUAAUCAUACAACACAGAAAAGAGCACCAAAAGCACAAGCAGUAACAGCAUCCGCAUCACCGAAUGAAGAAACUAGCAAUCAACAGCAGGACCCUGAUGAUUUACUUGAUGAUUCUUUCAUGUUUAGCGACGAAAUACAAGAUGACGAUUUACUCAAUAUGAAUACGACAACAAAUAACAAAAAUUCUACUAAUAGCAGUACAACCACAACCACAAUAUCAGAUGAAGCUACUGGUAUUAUCUCUCCUGUGACAUUUGUUACUGCUAAAGCUGCCACAUCACUGCAACAUAAAGAUCCCAUCCCGUCAGGAUCUAUGUUUGACCCUAAAUUUCAAGCCCAGUCCAUAAGACAUACCGUUGACCAGUCAGUAUCUACACCAGUCAGAGCUACUAUUUUAAAAGAAAAGGGCUUGGACAGUGAUAGGUCCAGUAUCUACUCCAAGUUCGCUCCUAAGGGCAAGGAACUGUCUGGCACAACGACAAAUUCUGAACCAUAUGUUGCUGCUCCCCAAACGAGCGCAACAGAAAGUAACAGAAGUACCCCAACAAGAUCAAAUGCACAACUAGCAGGACCGCAACCUGCUCCGCAACUGCAAGGUCCUCAGCGCACCCAACUUGGAAGACCUCGUAUGCUGCAACAGCCAAACAGAAGAAAUGUGUCAUAA